AUGUGGUUAGUCAGUGAACGUCGGGGCCGAGCCGACGGCGACGGCACGGAGCACGACGCCAGGAACGCGGGCGAGCCGCGCUACACGAUCAGCCAGCGCACCGGCCCCAGCACGGUGGAGUUCAAGAGUGCGGCGUGCGCGGGGGCCGGCGAGCCGCCCGCGCCGCCCUUGACCGCGCUCCCGGACCCGCAGCAGUUCAACAUCUUCCCGGCCUUCUUCAGCCGCCAGCUCAACUUCAGCGGCAGCGGCGGCGGCGGCGGCCAGGGCGCCAAGAUCAUGGAAGAGCUGCGGCCGAACCUGGUCGGCGGGUUGCUCGGCGUGCCGGGCCUUCUAGACGAGCACCAACAUGAUGCCAAGUUCCUACCUUCGGGAGGAGAGAGUAAAUACACGCCCGACAAGGGCAGAAAAUGCAGCAAUGCGUCAAGUUCCUCAGCUGAAGAGUUCGGUGGUCUAUAUGGCGGCGAACACGCAGCUACGCCUCCAGCGCCUCCUAUCAGCCGGUCGUUACAGGACCACACAGCGGAAGGCGCGUUCAAGAAACUGAAGCCGGAGCCCGGCGGGAACGGCGCGGGGUCUGGCUCCUCCGCCCUGUCCCCCGCGCUGGGCCCACAGCACGCGGGCCACACGCCCACCACCGCGUCCUGUCCCACACCUGCGAGACGGAGACAUAGGACUACUUUUACACAAGAACAAUUAGCAGAAUUAGAAGCAGCUUUUGCGAAAUCUCACUAUCCAGACAUUUACUGCAGAGAAGAAUUAGCAAGAACGACCAAACUAAAUGAAGCCAGGAUACAGGUAUGGUUUCAAAACCGUCGAGCGAAAUACCGCAAACAAGAGAAGCAGCUUCAGAAAGCCCUGGCACCAGCCGUGCUGCCUGGCUGCAACGGGAUGAUGAGGAACAUCCAGGGGUACCGCGGAUACCAGCCCUACCCACACCCUAACACUAUCAAUCGAUAUCCACAGCACCACGGCAGUUACGAAGAACUACAGAAGGACAUCUUUUCGCUAUCGCAAAUGGGCGGCGGCUCAUACCCCAUGCCGCAAGGGUUCUCCAUGGGACACAGUGCCAAUAUGAGCGCGGUCGGCAUGCGUCAGGAUACUAUGGGUAUGAGCGCGGAAGACGAGUGGUACAACAAAUCGCUAUCAGCGCUGAGAAUGAACAGCGGUCACCACGCGAACCUGGCUGCAGCGCCCAUGCUGCAGUACCAGACCUAA